AUGUCUUUCUCCAAGCAAGAUUCGGGGGAAUCCAGGCAGCGAAAUGGAAAUGGUUUCCGGACUGACAGCGCGAUCUCGGGCAAUCGCCAACAAGGUGAGCGUGUCUUGCAGCCAUGGGUACCAGAUGAAAACAUCCCCGUGAACAUGGCUCUUGAGUCCACCGGCAAGCAAUCCGGAGGUGGCUGGGAUCAGUUUGCAGUGAACGAGCGCUUGUUCGGGUUGAAGACCGAUUAUGAUGAGACCAUUUACACCACAGCGAUCGACAAGAGUCACCCAGAAUAUAGCAAGCGAUAUGCAGCAGCCGAUAGAAAGGCCAGAGAGAUUGAAAACAGUGUGGCCAACAACAGACACGUUGAGGAGGAGCGGGUGGCAGACAACCUCGCGGUAGACGACAGUGGCCUUGAUGAAGAGGACAAAUACAGCGGUGUUCAGAGGCAGGAUUUCCCUCCACUAUCCGUGACUGGCCGGGCUGAUAGGUACACACCACCUGCCAGAAGGGCCCCUUCAGGAAAGGCAACUGUCAGUGGCGCACCCGUGGACCCAGCCAUUAUCUCAUCACAGCUCGCACGACCCCCUUUGGAAGCUCCAUCUACGAGUACUACCAAGCCAAAACACACACCGAAGGUUGGUGGACCAGAGGUAUCGGCCCCUCCUACCACCACGGAGUCCAGUCCUGUAGUAACACCAGAGCCGAAGGCAACUCCCACGAAUACAUCGACAUCUGCAAGUGGCGCAGCAUCGCCUCAUACAAAGGUAAUUGCCACGCCAAAUGCAACUGCGACAGUCGAGCGUGAUGUUGUUACAGCGUUUCGUGGUUUUGCGGCUCAACAAAGGACACAAGCUGAUAAGCUGCGCUUGAGCAAGGCAAAGGCAGAUAAAGAGGAGAAACUGCAGGAGCUCAAGGCGUUUGCUUCUAGUUUCAAAUUGCAUUCACCCCUUCCUAAUGAUCUAGUUGCCAUUAUCGCGAAGGACCCAGCGAAGCAGCGUGCAAUUCAAGAAAAUGCUAGACGUCAGGCGGAAGAGGUUCAGCAGGAAAAACAGAUGAAGGCUGACGCCAUUCAGGUCCCGAGAUCGGGGUUAGCAGCCUCGGAUCAGAGGACAACUCAACGCUCUGGCGCUGGCACUGGAACCGCAUCCACUUCGGCCACCUCGAACCGACAAGCCCCAGGGCGUGGCGGUUAUCCUCCUCAAGGGCCCUACCACAACAACCAACCGUUCCGACAGGAUCGCUCCACUCGUUCUCAGGUUUCAGGCUCCCAGCAGGGACACCCAACACCUCCCUUAUCGACGAGGCUGAGAAAUAUUGAGCAAAGCAAGAAUGUACUGGCUUCACCAGCUCCAGGGGCUGAUACCCGACAGCCGCCAACAGGACCAGCCCAUGGCCCUGAUACUUCGGCUCCGAGGCGAACAAGUGCGACGGCUCUACUUGGAAAGCUUAACCCAAACAGCCAUGAGUUUCGCCCAAGUCCAUUUGCUGCGGCUUUUAACCCCAAUGGCAACCCAAGCAAUGCAUCCAGCCCUCGUUCGGCAUCUGCUACAGCCAGUCAGGGCAUCCCAUCCGCCUCAGGAACUCUUCUACGCAGAAAGCUAGGCACACCCUCGAAAGCCAAGACUGAUGGACCUGUCCUGGACAUCAUUGAGCGCUUAGCGAAGGAGACGCCUCCUCAAGGUCGCGACUGGUCCUCGAAUGGCGGGAUUAAGCCAGCCUAUGAUACCCCCCCAACUUGGAGACAACUCAAAGACGACGAGCCACAAUCAUCGACAAUGAACUUGAAUUAUGCUAAACUGUUCGAGAACGCUCGCUUUUCGGGACAGCCAAUGUCUCCACAACAGCCAUCCUCGGCGCAUCCUCAAGUUGCACAUCAGCAUCAGCUGCCGUUCCACUUGCAGCAGGGUGCCCAUACCCAGAGACCAUCACCAAGACAACCACCCCUUCAUAUGCACAACAACCAGUCCAUGCAACAGAAUGCUCAGUUCCAUUCGAACGAUGACCAUCGAAUGGUGCCAUCUCACUCGGCUCAAUCAUACGCAUCUCCUCGCCUGGCGCAGGUGAACGUGGCGUAUCCAUCUCCAAUGGGCCAGCCUGCACAAUUGUCCUUCCAGCAACCUGGAAUGCAAUAUCCCGUAGGUCCAGGUGGACCUCAGAUGGCGCAGUUUAGAUCUUAUUCUGGUGGCCAUCAAUUUAUGCCACAACAGCCGACCCACAUGGGCGGUCCUGUCAUGAUUCAGGGUCCAGCCGGAUCUUUCAUUGGAAACCCGAAUCUGAUGGCUCCGGGCCCACCUAUGUUGUACCCUGUAAACCAGGCACACUUCGCACCCCAAGGAAAUGGACCCCCACCACCCAUGGCGGGAUCUAACGGCUACCCUAGCCCCGGUCGCUCUGCGCCCAUGAUGAUGCCAGGCGGCUCUCAACAAGGGCAACAGGCAUACGGAAUGAGCCCAGGCAUGCAGUAUGGACAACCAAUAUAUGCUCAACAACCUCCAGGACAAAUGCCAAACAUGCGUGUCUAUCCGCCGCAGGGACAGCAAUUUGGAACCAGCCCCCAGAUGCCGCAGUAUAGUCAGCCGCAGCGAGGAGGACCAAACGGUAGCUUCAACAAAGGCUACCACCAACACAACGGCCCUCACCCCCAAGCGCAGCAGAGCCAAACUCCAACUGGCCCACAACGCCCGGCCGCAGACGGAGAUGAGGCCAGGUGA